AUGCACAACAAAGUGGUGCUUAACAAGUGCACCAUCAAAGGCCCAUCUGGCGAGGACAACAAAGGGGCGAUGUGGGACAAAGAUUUGGCGCGAAACCUUGUCAAAGUCGAAGACCAGCAAGAAUACGAUCGCAAAGGUGGAAAUCCAUCAUUCACCAAGGUCAAGAAGAUGAUAGAAACGUUUGAAAUUGAUCAAUGGAAGAACGCCAACCCAAGCAAGGAAACUGAUGCAAAGGUUGGGAAAUCAAUCAGACUGCUUUCUACUGGUGAUCGCAAGCUUGUCGCGAAAGCGGAAUAUCUUCAAUAG